ACCUUAAAGCAAGAAGAAGAAGAAGAACAAUUAGUAGUGAUGCGGCAUCCGUUUACAAAAACUACUGCUAGCUGCGGCAAGCGAAUAAAGGAAUUUUAAUUCAACACAAACGCUUUUUCCGCUGAGGCAAAAUGCCUCGUUAUGCCCAGCUAGUGAUGGGUCCGGCAGGCAGCGGGAAGAGUACCUACUGCUCCACCAUGGUGCAGCAUGCAGAGUCCAUAAACCGCUCAGUCCAGGUGGUCAACCUGGACCCAGCAGCUGAGCACUUUGACUACCCUGUCAUGGCAGACAUCCGUGAGCUCAUCCAGGUGGAUGACGUGAUGGAGGACGAUUCCCUCAGAUUCGGUCCUAACGGGGGCCUGGUCUUCUGCAUGGAAUACUUCGCCAACAACUUUGACUGGCUGGAGGAAAGCCUGGGUCACGUGGAAGAUGACUACAUAUUGUUUGACUGCCCAGGUCAGAUUGAACUUUAUACACACCUCCCUGUGAUGAGGCAGCUGGUGGAGCAGCUCCAGCAGUGGGAGUUUCGGGUGUGUGGUGUCUUUCUGGUUGACUCCCAGUUCAUGGUGGAGUCUUUUAAGUUCAUCUCGGGAGUCAUGGCUGCCCUGAGUGCCAUGGUGUUGUUAGAGAUUCCUCAAGUAAAUAUAAUGACUAAAAUAGACCUGCUCAAUCCCAAAGCGAAGAAGGAAAUUGAGAAGUAUCUGGACCCAGAUAUGUACUCAAUGAUGGACGAUAGCUCCGAUGUCAUCAGAAGCACAAAGUUCAAGAAGUUGACUCAAGCCAUCUGUGGUCUGAUCGAUGACUACAGCAUGGUGAGAUUCCUGCCUUUUGACCGCACAGACGAGGAAGGUGUUAACAUAGUGCUGCAGCAUAUCGACUUCUCUAUACAGUAUGGAGAGGACCUGGAGUUCAAGGAGCCAAAGGAUCUUGAGGAAGAGCCUGCUAACGAAAAUUAUGAUGAGCUUUUUCAAGACAAAGUGGACAGCUGAGGAGUAACAUGACUCUGGAGUUGCUGCAAAAAAGAGACUUUUAAAAACAAACAAAUCGGAGGCUGAUUAAGAAAUAAGACUCAUUUUAUUGAGUCACAGUUGAGACGGGCAUGUGACUGCAAGGAUACAGAGAAAAAUAACAACAUGUGGAGAUUAGGAAUAUCUUGUCCUGUCAUAUGUUUAAAAAGGUUGGUGGUUUUGUGAGCCACUUUGAUGACUCAAGAAAUUAAAGUGGAAUAGAUACUUUAUUGAUCCUGAGGGAAAUAUAGACAUGCAGCAGCUUAUGACACUUACAGGAAAAUAAUAAAAGAUGAAGACAUAUAUUAACAUAAGAAUAUACAUAUAUAAACUCAAAAAAGAGUUUAUACAUGUAUGGUUUUAUGUGUACUAUGAAUCCAUUAAUGUAAUUUGAGGAUUGUGCUGAAGUUUAUGUAUUGUUGUCAUUAAGAACAUUUAUAUUUUUUAAAUAAAAUAUUCAAAUAUACAACUUG